CAUAUCCCUCGACCAGGUUUUUGAAAUCGGCUAGUAGAGGACGUACAACGUGGCAAUACUUAAAUGUCGUAAUGUGCCCUGCUGGUAUUUUGUGGCCAGGUACCAACGGAUUAAAUAAGGGACUACUCGAUUACUUACGCGAUUAAAAGGGGUCAGGAGUGACAUGACAUGACGACACCAUGUCUGGUGGCGUUCAUUUCUGUUUUCAUUCUCUGCUCUACGCCAGGGUCAAGGUCUCAGACGACUCUGAUGACAACGCCAUCCCCACUAGCGCAUGACGUAUUUUUCCUGAUCGACUGCAGCGAGUCUGUAGGGCAGGCCAACUUCCAGGCACUCUUGAACCAGAUCUUGGACGUCUACAUCAAACAAUGGCCGAUAGGAGAGGAUCAGGUACGUGUAGGUGUGAUAGCCUUCUCCACGACCUUCACCAUGGUUGCUUUAACUGGCAACCUCACACAGCUGGAGCAGCAGGUCCCUACCCUGUUCUAUGAGGGACGAGGCACCAACACGUAUAUAGCUUUUGAUCAAGCUAGGACUUCACUGAUGUCUAGCAGACAACCUGGCAGACAGCAACACGUGAUCGUCAUUACAGAUGGAGUGUCAAGGUUUCCAUCGGUCACCAAAGCUAACGCUGAGAAGCUCCGGAACGACGGGGUGGACAUGUGGGCCAUUGGCGUGGGUGGGGACUUCAGGGUGCUGGAACUGGCGUGGUACACAGGGGACAUCCUCCACGUCUCCGCCACCCCCACGUUCGGCGUCCUGCCGGAUAUAGGCAUCAACAUUCCAGUGGUCCAAACCACAACAGCGCCACCUGUCAUCACCCCAACAAGUGUCACCAGCAGCGACAUUCUGGCAUCGUCGUCCAGGUCUAGCCUGAUUACUUCCCUUGGGGCGACAACCGGAACACAAGCCCCUACGUCAUCAACCGGACCUACGUCAUCAACCGGACCUACGUCAUCAACACUGCAGUCUACCGGCUUUGCAUCCGUUUCGUCAUCUUUCGCUCAGAGCCCAACCACCAAUCUACAACCCUCGCAGACGGUCAUUCAAGGAACAUCUUCUUCCGCUCAGAGUGGAUUACUGAACCCAACCACCACUGUAGUGCAGAACCCAACCACCAGUGGAGUACAGAGAGCAACCACCAAUCUUCCACCAGCACCAUCUACGACCAGUUUCGAAACGUCAGCGUCGCUUGUUGGAUCGACGUCCACUGCACAAAUCUCGUCUUCAAAAACGUCAAACCUCGCUAGUUCAGUAGGGGCGACAACUGGAUACAUCUCAAGUUCUCCGAUUUCUCCACCUUCCCCGUCAUCUCUGCAAGCUUCAGCCUCCCAAAUCAGCUCUUCUACACCAACCUCACCAGUCAACCCAACACCAUCGAGCACAACCUUCCAGAACUCUCAACUCACCUUAUCAGCAUCCCAGCAACCCCCUGCUCCCACCUCUACACUCAACCCUUCUUCUCCCCAAAGCUCAUCUAUGUUGACUACCGGUAAAUUAUCCAGCACGGCUACCAUCAUCUCACAACAGACAACGCAGACCACACUAAUUAACCCUUCAUUACCCACCACACUAAUUAACCCUUCAUCCCCCACAAACUUUCCAGCCUCCACCACAGUCCCCAUCCUAACAACCCCACCCACCACUGGAAUACCCACCACGGGAUUCACCACAACCCCACAGCUUUCCCGCACAACACUUUCGCCAUCCACCACCGUCUUCAACUCACCAACUGCAUCAACCACCGUCUUCAACUCACCAACUGCAUCCACCACCGUCUUCAACUCACCAACUGCAUCAACCACCGUCUGGAUAUCCGCCUCUAGAACCACGACACUGUCCCCCAUCACAAUGUCCACGUUAGCGCCUUCAUCGUCCAGACUUCCGUCGAGUCUGAGCACCACUGCAACAACGCCGAUGAGGUCGUCAAGAAUGUCCUCCAGCGCGUGGCAUACGACACACACGGUGCAGCCAAGUUACACGUCAUCAAUCAUCCCAACCCCAACACAGUCCCACUGGCCUUCCUCCACAGACGUGCCUAUAAACAGGGGCGUCCUUGACGACGGAAGUACCAACUUUGAUGAUCUUGAAAACGCUGGUAUCUGCUGCGGUGCUGUGGCCAGGAGCGGGUUCGGAUACGUCUCGCACCCCACUGACCUCGACAAGUACAUCCAGUGUCACAGGUCACAGAACAAGGUCACGGCCGCUGUCAGGACAUGUCCUAUAGGACAAAGCUGGAGCCAGGACUGGCUUAAAUGUGUCAAUCCCUGGUCCAGCUGUGAGGAUGCGUGUAGAAGAAAAGAAGACGGCCUCACAUACAAGAUGGCCGGCAAAUGUGGGUUAUACUGGGAAUGUUCAAAUGGACUUUCAGUGGUCAGAAGUUGUAGACCACAGGAGGCUUACGUGGCAAAUCGAGGCUGUGUCUAUCAGCCAAACUGCAAAUACAUCAACAUCAAGUCCGAUGCUUGCGGUGGAUCGGAUGUGUGUGACCUAAAGCCACUGCGGUACAAUGCUGGCUACAAAAUAAAGCUGAACGUUGGUUGGGCUGCCAUUCCUUGCUUGUACCAUACCCAGUUUGAUUUGGCCUCCUGUUCGUGUAGACCAAAGCACAGUUUUUACAAAGACUGCAGAUGGGCAGCUUCAUUAGGCCCCACAACUAAAAUCUCCAACAAUAGAAACAACAAUAGCAACAGCACUGACCUAGACACAAACCAGCAUAUGAUGAUGUAUAUAUCGGAGUCCUCGUUCAGACCUUUUGCCUUAAAGUUCCAGUUCAGGACCGUAGCAGGGCGAGAGGAAGUGAUUUUACAGUCAAAAGAGUGUGACCAAGGGGGACAACUAGUUGUCUCUGCAGACAAUGUAACAAUCAACGUACAGAUAUUUUCAGAUGCAGAUGAUUCUCUGGAAGCAUCGCUGCCACUAGAGGGAUUAGAAGGGGAGUGGCUUGAGGUGACAGUUGUAUACUCCAGGGGUGAGCUGUCUAUAGAGGUCACUGGGGGAGACCUAACAUACACCUCAUUCACUAAAGGUGGACCUCUUAUUCAGUUUGGACUUUGUGGUUGGGAUUUCGGAACUUCCGGUGUUCUUGAAGGAAUGUCCGAUUUUACAGGUGAAAUUAGACAGAUGCAAAUGUCAAGAUGCUUUCAACAAGGAUUUUAAAUUUUCUAACAAGUCUCAAAAUGGAAGCUUGAAAUUUUCCUGUUAUUCUCAACAAAGAUUUUAAAAUCUAACAAGUCUCAAAAUGGAAGCUGCUUGUUCCUUUAUGUUUUCCUGUUAUUUUCCGGUUAGACUAGAAUUUUGUUGGCACAUAGUUUAUUUACUUUCAAAUACUGGUACACUGAUCAAAUUGUAAAUUAAAUUUUUUAUAAAUUUGAAUUCUGGUUGAAUAUGUGUAGUAUAUUCCAGUUUUAAUGUGAUUUUAGUCACUUAAAAAUACCAAAUUAA